UUCUGCUUUCAGUUUCAUUUAAGACGUUGAUGCGGACGCAAGUGUUUCGGACAAGUUAAACAACAAAAAAAAGAUAUUUAAACAACAUUAAACAACAACAACAACACGCAACGUGUGUUAAGUUAAAUGAGAAAAUAUAUUUAAACGGGUUAAGACAAAUGCAACAACAACUACAACAAACGUUUUCUGUUCGCGCCGCCAACUGCAAAGUGCAAGUGGUUUAAAACAAAAACACAAAAAACAACAACAACAAAAAAGAGUAAAACAGAAAGAGCAAAAAAAAAUCUGAAUUUUUGCAUAAUCUUUUAAUAAACAAUUCAAAGAAGUGCGCAAAAGGCAUAAAUCAAGUGCAAACCAUAAAUUCAGUUUUCUUUCCCUUUAUUUUUUGGGUUAAAAAAUAAAACAAGUUUGUUGCCUAAGUCAUUUGUGCGGUGUGUUUUUUUUGUGUUAAAUUGAAAUACAAUUUUUGUAUAAAAAAUUAAGCAUCGAAUUAAAAAACAACACUGGCAGCUAAAAACAGCUGAAAAGUGUUUUAUUUGAUUGCCACGUCUCCAGCAGAAGAUUCGUCUUAAACGAAAUGAUACUACGAUCACAAAUUUGUCUGGGUAUACUUUUAAUGGGUUUACUCCUCAGCCGAAAGGUGGGAGCAACUCUAAUGGAUGAGGACUAUGGCGGCGGUGGAGGAGGCGACGGCGGCGGCGGCGGUGGUUCAUACCAAAUGGAGGGCAGUAGCGAUGAUAUUUAUCAGCCAACACAAAUGGAAAGCGACAUAGAGGCAGAGCACAAACAGCAUAUCAAUGAUCUGGGAGAGGAUGAUGUGAGUCCAUCAGUCACAACGGAAAAGCCUCAGCCAUCAGGAUUUCAGACAGCAUCUCCUGACAUUGAUGAGGAGAAUUCGGCUAAAGAAGUAAUGGAUGAUGCACCAACGCGAAAGAAGGAAAUCAAAACUGAGAUACCAAAAUCAUCAUCAGAAUACUACGAUGAGGAGCCUCAUGAAUUGGAGCAAAGUUCAACUACUUCUCGUCCACCCACAACUCUGAUACCCGAAUAUGUACGGAAGGCCAAGGCGGAAAGAUUUCCGCAUAAGCCGCAAAAUGAAACCAAUAACUCAGACCUAGAGUAUGUAGAAGACGAAGGUGAGGGGGUCACCCAGCGUGUGGAGCAGCCUAUGGAGACAAUUUACGAAGAUGAAAUUGAGCCCCAGCAGGCAAAUGACCAACAGUUACCCAGUCGGCAAGAGCCUCAGAUCUUUAAAGCCUCAUCCGAUGAAUUUUACUACGAUGAUAUUCGUGAGGAUCAAGAUAAGAAACAUAAGCGUAUACAUUUCACUGCCCCCGUCACUACAGAAGGACCUUUACCUAUUUUAAGAGCACGCUUUGGUGGUUUCCCUUGGCCUACAACGUUAGCACCAUCUACUAGCACAUCCACAACACCAACAACAACCUCAACAUCGACUUCAACAACAACAACAACGACCACGACUACGACGACACCAAUUCCGCCACGAAAGCAACCCAAACACAUUCAUGUCGGUGGUUCUAAGAACGAACUUUUACCGGCCGAUCAAUUGAGAAACUAUAUUAAGGAUGUCUAUAUCCGUAUGCCAUUGGCUGUCAUAGUCGAUCCAUCAGCUGCAUCGUUGGAGCAAGCCAAGCGUUUGUAUAUAGACGCUUUGCAGGAAAAGAAUAUCAAUAUUAAAAUUGUUCUUGUCACCCUUAAUGCGGCAGGAGCACCCUCUGCCUUUAGUUUCAAUAAUACACAAGAGUUUAUUGCCGGCUUGAAUAGCACUAAGGAACAUGAAGGUGGCAAUGCUUUUGUGGGUGUUCUACAUGCCGCCGAGCUAGUCCCAUAUGACAGUGCUGUCUUUAUAUCAACGGCAGCAAUACCACCACACACAGAAUUGGUGCAAGAUGCAGCCAUAACAUUGCUCAAGAAAAGGAUACGAUUAUUCCUUUUGUGGUAUGGCGAACGUUCGGCCAGUGAGAAUGAAACGGAUGAGGCUGUGGGUGGCAUUUUGGGUGAGGUGGCCAUAAGAUCGGGUGGUGAAAUCAUACAUAUAGUGAGCACAGAGCAUGGUCAGCAUAUAGCGGGCAAUACGCUCACUCUGGUGGCCGAUGCGUAUCAGGGAGUACAGGAAUUGGAUUUGCCGGUGGAUACAACGUUAUCCAGUUUGCAUGUACGAAUCGAUGCGAAAAUGCGACGUGCCACAAUGGAGACACCAAACGGUGAAAUUAAUUUAAAGAAACUUGUGAAAUUUGGUACGCCUAGCAAUACCACCGACGAACUGGAUGCUUAUAUACCAUUAAAUAAACUACGCAAAGCCACAAAUUUCAAAUUAAAGCUGCAACCGGAGAAUGAAGAACAAUUAUUUAAUAUAUUUAUAAGAGCCGAACGCAAGGCAGAUGUCUUUCUAGGCGAGAUCAUCAAACGCAUUGAUAGCUACUACAAAAAUGCUCCACCCAGCAUGGGCAGCAGUCAGAAGCUGCGUCUGGCCAAACUGCAGUUCCCUGCUGAUACCAAAGAGAAAUUGGAGCCCAAAAGUGAAGUGGAAACCUUUUCGGAAACGGAAAUUGAAAACAAACCCAGUCUGAAUCAAAGCGAAUUGGCUGCUUCAACUGGUGGACAACAGCGGAGCUCACUUAAUGCAAUGCUUUUGCAACGUUGUGGCACCAAAAUUGAAUUGAGCACACAAUCUCAACUCUUGAUCACAGCUGGACAAUUGGCGACUUUGCACUUUGAAGUGACUAAUAUGAGAUCGGAGCGGGUAUAUCUUAAUGUUCAGGUCACCGAUGAGAGACGAUUUCUAGUGCAGUUGCAACCAACUAGCUUCUAUGUGCAACCUUUGCAGACGACCACAGUGCGUCUUCAAGUCUUGGCUCCAGUGGGCACCACAAUGGGCACUACAGAUCGUGUGACCUUUACGACUUACGGCAGGGAAACAGCCACCAUGGCGGUCAACUUGAAGGUUGUCUCCAUCAUAGACGCUUUGGACACCACUGGACCCACACUCUCUUGGGAGUACGGAAAUCGUUGCGAUUAUGUGGCAGCUGAUUCGCUGAAUUGUGGUGAACGUUUCUGGACAGUGGACGUAACUGCUCAAGAUUGGCAAUCGGGCAUGAUGCGUUUGCAGGCGCAGCCAUCGGAAGGUCUAUUCUACAGGAACUAUUACACAGCUGGUACUACAGAGCCUUUAAAGGCUUCCUACAUGGCUUCUUGUUGUGAGCCGAAGGUGGCACUCACUGCCUUUGAUGCGGCUGGAAAUCAGCGUAGCAUUAACUUGGAUGUCCGAGAUGUGGUUCUAACCGAGGCGGGCAUUGCAGCAAUUUGUUUGGGUGUCAUACUUCUCCUUCUACUCCUAGUGGCCAUCAUUUGUGGCAUUGUUUGGUGUUGCCGGCGUAGAAAGAUAACAUUGGAUAUGCCUACUUAUCGUUCGCAUUCCACGCGCAGCAUGGAAUAGUAUUAGAUGAUGAUUUGGACGGUGAGAGGAGGGAAAACUUUAUUGUUAAUUCAUAUCAUCAUCAUCAAUUUGUUGUUAAUUAUUAUGUGCCAAAAAAUAA